AAGAGCACCUGCCAAAUUUGUGAGGCCGCUCGCGGCUUAGGGGAAGGCUCGUCUAAAUAAAGGCCAGCGGCUAACGUGACAGCGCUGGGACUUAAUCCGCCACCGGCCCGCCUGUCCCGGCCAGAAGGCUGAUUUGCAGCCCUCCUCUUCCUGGGGCUCCGGAUUAUUAGGUCUCGGGUCCUGUGACCUGCCGGCGGCCAGAGCCUUGGGAAAUAAGGAAGGACAGAGCUGAGCGCCAGCAGCCAGGGCCUCGGGGGGCCUCCACAGUGACAGAGCCUCUGACCCUCAAAGGAAAGAGCCAGCAGGAGCCUUUGUCCCAGGGCCAGCCGCCUGCCACAGAGCAUCCGCCUGCCCAGCAGCCGCGAAGUUCCUGCAGCCGGACCGGGAGUGACCGCGGUGCCAGGACAGCGCCCUCCUGCUCAGUGAGCCCACUUUACAGAUCGGGACGCUGAGAUCCCCGGAGGCCGGCAGCCUCGGGCCGGGCCUGGUGGGGCCGGGCAAGCUCUGGGGCUCCGCUGCCUCCUCCAGGCCGGCUCUGGCUCCGAUGGACUGGGGCCCGGGGGUCCCUAACGCCCUCCGCCCGCCCGCAGGGCCCCCUCGGCGCCCCCCGGCUGGGAUGGAGGCCUGAGCGGCGGGGCCAUGACGAUGACAGCCGUGUGCGUGGACGGCGGCGGCCCGGUGAGCCCGCCCUGCGGCCGCUGGGACCGGCGGGGCAGCGAGGAGAGCGGCUGCCCCACGGAGGGCAGCCAGGAGGAGGCCGAGGGGCCGGCCCGCCGGCUGACGCCCUUCGAGAGGCUGACCCGGGACAUGGCCCAGGACGACAAGGUGGUGAGGGAGAUCACGCUGGGGAAGCGCAUCGGCUUCUACCGCAUCCGCGGGGAGAUCGGCAGCGGGAACUUCUCCCAGGUCAAGCUGGGGGUCCACUCCCUGACCAAAGAAAAGGUGGCCAUUAAGAUCCUGGACAAGACCAAGCUAGACCAGAAAACCCAGCGGCUGCUCUCCCGGGAGAUCUCCAGCAUGGAGAAGCUGCACCACCCCAACAUCAUCCGCCUGUACGAGGUCGUGGAGACCCUGUCCAAGCUGCACCUGGUGAUGGAGUAUGCGGGGGGCGGGGAGCUCUUCGGGAAGAUCAGCACCGAAGGGAAGCUCUCGGAGCCGGAAAGCAAGUUCAUCUUCUCCCAGAUCGUGUCUGCUGUGAAGCACAUGCACGAAAACCAGAUUAUCCACAGGGACCUGAAGGCGGAAAACGUGUUCUAUACCAGCAGCACCUGCGUGAAGGUGGGCGACUUCGGGUUCAGCACAGUGAGCAGGAAAGGGGAGACGCUGAACACGUUCUGCGGGUCCCCGCCCUACGCCGCCCCCGAGCUCUUCCGGGACGAGCACUACGUGGGCGUGCACGUGGACAUCUGGGCCCUGGGGGUGCUCCUGUACUUCAUGGUGACGGGCACCAUGCCGUUCCGGGCGGAGACCGUGGCCAAGCUGAAGAAGAGCAUCCUCGAGGGGACGUACAACGUGCCCCCCGACAUGUCGGAGCCGUGCCUCCGCCUCAUCCGGGGCGUCCUGCAGCCCACACCCUCGGAGCGGUACGGGAUCGAGUCCAUCAUGAACCACGAGUGGAUGCAAGGGGUGCCCUACCCCGCCCCCCUGGAGCCUUUCCAGCUGGACCCCAGACACUUGUCAGAAACCAGCACCCUCAAAGAGGAAGAAAAUGAGGUCAAGAGCACGCUAGAGCAUUUGGGUAUCACAGAGGAGCACAUCCGGAACAACCAAGGGCAGGAUGCCCGCAGCUCCAUCACGGGUGUCUAUCGCAUCAUUCUGCACCGGGUCCAAAGGAAGAAGGCUUUGGAGAGUGUCCCGGUAGUGAUCCUCCCGGAACCUAAAGAUCGGGACCUGAAGAAAGGGUCCCGUGUCUACAGAGGCAUCAGGCACACCUCCAAAUUGUGCUCCAUUUUAUAAACUGUCUUAGACGGUUGAUAAUGAACCAAGGUCAUUGUUGCUGCUUUUUAAAUUUUUUCACGGUCACCUUGGUGGGGAUAUUUUUAUAAUUUCUGAAUAAAUAUAAAUUUAAGGUAUGCAUUCUUUUUCCCCAAAAAGAAGUGUAUUAGCUCAGAUUCUGGCUUGAUUUGCAAUCUCCUCUUGUU